AGAAGGGACGCCUGGAACUACAGGGAAAUCUGAGCGGAUCAAAGGUAAAAGUUUUGAAGUAGUAGUGGAAAAUGAGGAAAUGGUAGAAAUUUCCUUCACCAGGAGGUGGGAUUCUUCUCUCCAAGACAAGAUUGCUCCCAUCAAUGUCGACAAGAGGUUCAUAAUGCGUAAAAAUGUAACUGGAUUCUACUCAUAUGCAAUAUUCGAGCAUCUAGCAGAAUGGCCAGCUUUUAACUUGCCUCAGACAAGGAUUGUUUACAAGCUUCGUAAAGACAAGUUUCGAUAUAUGGCGAUUGCUGAUAACAGGCAGAGGAAAAUGCCGCUCCCAGAAGAUAGAUUGGGUAAAAGAGGAAGACCUUUGGCAUAUCCUGAAGCUGUUCUUCUUGUUCAUCCUGUUGAAGAAGAGUUCAAAGGAGAGGUUGAUGACAAGUACGAGUAUUCUUGCGAGAACAAAGAUCUUAAAGUGCACGGAUGGAUCUCAAAUAGCCUGGAUUUGGGUUGCUGGCAAAUCAUUCCUAGCAAUGAGUUUAGAUCAGGUGGCCUGUCGAAACAGAACCUUACCUCUCAUGUUGGUCCAAUCAGUCUUGCUAUGUUUAUAAGUGCUCACUAUGCGGGUGAGGACAUGGUGAUGAAGGUAAAAGCAGGGGAGUCAUGGAAGAAAGUGUUUGGUCCUGUUUUCACUUACCUCAAUUGUUUACCUGACCAAACUUCUGAUCCUCUCUCGUUAUGGCAAGACGCUAAAAACCAGAUGUUAAUCGAAGUCCAAAGCUGGCCUUAUGAUUUCCCUGCUUCAGAAGACUUUGCACUGUCCAAUAAGCGUGGUUGCAUCAGCGGUAGGUUACUCGUACGCGACAAAAGCCUUAGUGAUGAACUUUUACCGGCAAAUGGUGCUUUCGUAGGUUUGGCACCACCAGGAGAGGUUGGAUCCUGGCAAACAGAAUCUAAGGGAUAUCAAUUCUGGACAGAAGCAGAUGCAGAUGGUUAUUUCGAGAUAAAUAACAUCCGAGAAGGUGAAUAUAAUCUCAAUGCUUAUGUGACAGAAUGGAUUGGAGACUAUCAAUAUGAGAAAUUGAUUAACAUUACAGCAGGCUGCGACAUUGACGUUGGCAAUAUCGUGUAUGAACCGCCCCGAGAUGGGCCAACGGUGUGGGAAAUUGGAAUCCCUGACAGGUCCGCAGCUGAGUUCUUUGUUCCAGACCCAAAUCCUAAGUACAUCAACAAACUAUAUAUUGAUCAUCCUGAUAGGUUUAGGCAAUACGGGCUAUGGGAAAGAUACACAGAACUAUAUCCUAAGGAGGAUUUGGUGUUCACUAUUGGCGUCAGUGACUACAAAAAAGACUGGUUCUUUGCACACGUUACCAGGAAACUAAACGAUGACACAUAUCAAAAAACGACAUGGCAAAUCAAGUUCAAGCUCGAGAAGGUGCAGAAAAACAGCACAUACAAACUCCGGAUCGCACUAGCAACCGCAAAUGUAGCAGAACUACAAGUGAGGAUGAAUGAGGAAGACAGUGAAAAGAGCUGCCUUUUCACAACAGGUGUAAUCGGACACGAUAACACGAUUGCAAGACAUGGGAUACAUGGAAUCUAUAGACUCUAUAAUGUGGAUGUACCAAGUGAGAAGCUUGUCGAAGGAGACAACACUUUGUUCUUGACACAAGCCAUCACCACCACUGGAGCUUUUAAUGGUCUCAUGUACGACUAUAUCCGCCUCGAAGAACCUUUUUUAGAUUCAAACUUUCACUAAUUCCAUUGCUUUUUGUCUGUAACUUCUCAUUUUAUA